UUUUCUUCUGUUUUCAAUCAUGGAUUCAGGAGCUGUUCAAAGUGAAGUACAUGAGAACGAUGAACAUUACCCCCACAUUGUUGUCUCAGAGCAAGUGACACAUGGUGCAGAAGAAGACCACUUUGAUGAGGAGAAGAAGUCUGUUCUGAAUAAGGUAAAGGCAAAGGCUAAGAAAAUUAAGGACACGAUUAAGAAGCAUGGCCAUCAAGUGCUUGAUCGUGGUCAUGUGUAUAACAAUGAAGAUCAGCAUACCCUUGAUGAUGAUGACUUAGAGGAGGAUGAAGAAAUGGCUGAAGACCCACAAGUUCAUGAAACACCAAUUCAAGAAAGUGAAGAUGUUAAAACUGCUAUACCUACAUCUGAGCAACUCGAAUAUUUAGGGAAGUCAGGAAUUGAUUUUGGAGGCACAGCAGUUAUGGGAGAAGAACCUCGUCAUGAUGCAUUACUUGGAGGCAUUUCUUCAGCUACUGAAAUUGAUCAAAACAUAGCGAAAACAUUUUCUGUGGAAGAGAAAGCAGAGAUACCUAAGGAAAAUUUGGAGAGGUCAAUAGGCUUGGAGGAAGCGCCUCAUGCUCCAGGAAGUACAAUUGAGGCAUAUACCCCUCCCAAUUAUGAAACCAAAAUCACUGAUCCAAGUGUGAUAGGAAAGGAUGAAAUAGAAGAAAUCACACCAGUUGAGGAAUCUUUUGCGAAAAUGAAUGUGCAUGAAAAACCUACUCCAGAACCAAUCGUUCCUCUUGCUGAAAAACAUGAUCAGUUUGUGUCACACCUCUCUGCUGCAACACAAACUCGGUAUCCUUCUUCUGAAAGUCAUGAUGAUCAGUUCAAGCAGGAAACAACAUCCACAAAUAUCAACAGAAACCUGGAAAAUCCCACAGAAACUGGAAUAACUUUCAACACCAUCACAACCACAGUUGAAGAACAACCACACUACGAAGCAAACAUUGAUGAAGUUGUCUCUCCUAAAGAUGUCAUAGAUUCUGAGGCAGGUUCAGGAGAGAAAGUUGAGAUAAAGGACAAGGUGGUAACAAAUGAAGAGCAAGGGGAUGCUUCUAACAUGCCUGACUCAACUGCACAACAUGGAAAGAACAUUGCUCACUCUCUGUCAGAGAAAUUAGCUCCAGUUUAUGAUAAGGUUGCAGAGGUGGGAGGUGCAGUGAAGUCCAAAGUGACUAGAACUAGCACUGGUGGUGUUGGAACUGAGACAAAAAAUGAGGUUUCUGUGAAGGAUUAUUUGUCUGAGAAGCUAAAGCCUGGUGAAGAAGACAAGUCACUUUCUGAGGUAAUUUCAGAAGCUUUACAUAAGAGGAAGGAAGAGCCAGUGAAAAAAGAGGAUGAAAACUUGAAUGGUGGGGAUGACAAAAUGUGUGAAGAGAGCAGUGUGAAGAGUCCAGGGAAAGGUGUGGUUGGCAAGCUUAAGGGUGUUGUUGGCUCUUGGUUUGGCAAAUCUGAGGAAAAAGAUUUAUCCAAGAGUACAAAUUCUGGUGCUGAAGUGGAACAGGUUCAUCAGGUUGUUGGUGGAAACAAGAGUAGUCCAUUUGAAGAACAAGGGACUCGCUAAAUUUCUUCAUGGAUAUUGGAUUAUACAUGUGUGCUGUGCUUUUCCUUGUGAUUAGAUAUUUGUAUAUGUUGGAUUCAUGUGUAAGUUAUUAUAUGUUUGUGUAGAUGUGGAAUUUGCAUUAUGAUAUUGUAGUACUGAAGCAGAUAAUAAUACUUGGUUAUUAUAAGGUUAAAUGCAAAAAAAAAAAAAAAAAACAGUGGCAAUAUAUGCAACUGUAUUCUGUGAUUGUAUUUUACUAAAUUCAAUGUCCCAUAUGCUAAUGUGUA